AUGUUAAAGGGCGACGAUGCAUCCUCGGGAACACGUCGCUGGAUCAGCUUUCGCUCUAAAAGAUUCCCAGGGGAGCGUUACCUCAUCACCGGGAAGAAGCAGCAGCGGCGCGGCGCGGAAAGAACACAAGUGGUGGCGGAGCGGGAGUGUGGAGAAGAUGGCUGGGUAAGCAGGCUGGCGGCGAGUCACGGGAGCCGUGAGGGCAGCGGGGGCCCGGGUGGUGGCGGGCCCUCCCCCGGGGGCGGCCUCCCCGGAGCCAGCGGCCCACCUCCGCCUUCAGCGGCUGCUGGUACGGCCCGGCGAGGUGGCCCAUCCAGCGGCCAUGGCGGACCGGGCAGAGGCCCCGCGGGCCCUGCAGCCCAAGUGGGUGCCGGGGGCGGGGAGGGCGGCCAGUACGUGGGCGGCGGAGGAGGCAGCUUGGAGGACACACUGGAACAAUGGAGCCGUAACCCGCUGUUGUGCUGGCUGUGCGAGGAACUGUAUGAAGAGCCGUGCCUGCUGGCCUGCUACCACACCUUCUGCUCCCGCUGCCUCAGGCCCAGACUGCACGACGCCAAGAUUCUAUGUCCGCUGUGUGGGAAGGUGACGGCCCUGAAGGAGGGGCAACUCCCCCCGCGGGACAACCUGAUGGCCUUCCUGGUGGAGUCAUCGUGCGAGGAGCGGCCGCAGUGUGCCAACUGUGAUAAGACCAACCAGUCCGCCAUGUUCUUCUGUAAUACCUGCGGCCAGGUGCUCUGCGGACACUGCCGGGAAGAGACGCACAGAGCUCGCAUGUUUUCACUUCACGAUAUCAUCCACAUGUCCAAGCGAGGGAAGGAAGCCAACAGAAAGUGCACCAUGCAUGGGGAGCCGCAGAUCAUGUUCUCGACCACCAAACGCACCAUGUUGUGCAUCACUUGCUUCAGGGAAACCUCCAUCGACGAUCGCCUCCACUGCAUCGACCUCGACACCGCCUAUACCCAAGGAUGCAAGAAGCUCGACCGCGCCGUCAUGAGUAUCCGGGAGUUGCAGAAUUCAGUGCGAGACGUUAUCUUGUUCAAGGCGCUACUCGACGAACUGCGGAAGAACAUGGAGACGGAGAAGCACAACAUCAACACCCUCUCGGAAAACCUGCAAGAGACCGUCAGACGAACGCACGAUAUCCUCAUGCGGGAAGUGGAUGGGCAGUACGAGGUGAAGGACAAGUUGUUUCGCAGUCAACUGGCGUCACUCGGGGCGCUGCUGCCGAUCAUUCAGGUGCAUCUGUUAAUGUGCACCACCUUCUCCUCUUCCGCUUCCAAGUAUGAGUUCCUCGACCUCGUGUUCCAGUUGAUGGAGAGGCUAGCUGCCAUCGCUCACCUUUCACAUCCGCUUAGGCCCGGCCAGAGCAGCCAGGUGCGCAGUAACUUCAAGAGUGAGUUCUCGCGCAGUCUGGAGCCGCUGCUGUCCGUGAUGGGAAAGGGCCGCGGUGACCCCCACGCUGGACUGCCCUCAGGGUCUUCAGGCUGCAGCGAGAAGCAAUCGUCGGAGGGUGGCUGUGCGUCCCGGCCGCCCUCCGCCGCCUCCGUGAUGGGGCCUCCUCCCUUCGGAAUGCCCGGGUCCCGCCGCUCCCUCUCCGCCGCCAAGCUGAAGAUUAUGGAGACUGGGGGACCCUUCGCCGAGCACUGCAAGACCCAUGAGAAUAAGUUUCGACAAGAACUGACGGCCAAGUUCACUCGACUAAAGGAGGAAGCGCAUGAGCUACACCGGGACGUAACCCACCGCCGCUGCCUGACGCGCCGAGGCCGGGUGGAGGAGAUCGUGAGGGAGUGUGCGGCGCUGGAGGACGAGUUCCGAGCGUAUUCCGACGAGAUGGAGGAGCUGAGAGGGGUGUUUGAUUCCGCGUGGGAGGAGCAGAUCCAGAGAGUGUACGCGGAGCAGGAGGUGUUCCAGUCUCAGGUGAAUGACGUGUCCAGCUUGAGAGACGAGAACAAGAGGCUCAUGAUAAUCGCACAGCAGCUGGAACCUUACAUCCGCUCUAUCACUGCCCUUAUGGAAAGAAUAUCGCCCAAACUCCAGGUUCCUCAGGGCGGCGCGUCCUCAACUGUCGACUCCAGCGAGAAUAUAAUGCAGCAAAUCCUGGACCAGAUCAGCGCCUGUAAGCCAGACCAACAGCAGAGGGGGUGUGCGGACGGGGCAAGUCGCGUGUCUGGCCCCGUGGAUGACUCGGCAGGUGGUGGUGGUGGUGGUGGUGGCGGCGGCCUCCAGGGUACAGGAGGAGGGUCUUCCAUGCUUAUAGCGGGCAUCCCUAAGCCUCCAGAUCCCCCUCACAGCCGCCGGACGCCAGAGCAGGAGGAGGAGGAUGAGGAGAGCGAUCAUGCCCAUGGCUUCUCUCCAGGGCCGGGCUCAGGCCGGGCAGAUCCGGGCCUCACUAGGGAGGGGGACAAGUUCCGCGGGCCCCUGUCACCAGCCUCCUCCAUGGGCUCCUCUGUCCUCGGUGGAUCCUUCGUCGAAGUGCGGCGUGCAGAACGUAUCGUCGGACGGAGGCGCCAGAACAGUGAGGGCGAUUCGUUAGUGUGGGACCGACAUCGAGGCUGUGAGAGCGAGAGUGAAAUGAUGUCGUCGACAACUUCCCUGCGACCCUAUCAACGGCGAGGAUCAGAGGGAAGUGAUGUGGAAGAAGUGCAAAAAGGCAUUUUUAUGCAGCUUCUAGAAAAGGUUCGCUUGAGAGAUGAGAAAAAGAAUAAAGAUUACGAGAGCGACGCGGACGAGGGUCGCGCCUCGUCGCGGGAGCGUGGUGCCGUCGGUCGCGUGGUGCACCGCCAUCCCCGCACCAAAAUCCAGUCUGACCACCACCCUCACCGCUACCCCGACCUCGCCACCGCCGCGUUCGAUGCGUCAGCAGUUCCUGAAAGACCCAAGUCUGCCUGUGAUAACACGCUGCUGCGCGUUGCCGCCAAGCUGUACUCCGGGAUGGGGUCGGUACGGGCUCUAAGCGGAGACCACGAGCCCACCGUCGGGCAGCUCGAGGAGAUGCGAGAAGCCCAGGCGAGAGUGGCGGCUGCUGCCUCGCGCUCCCGAGAGAGCUCGCAGGGACGGGCCCGAUCGGCGGAGCGGGAGGCGGCGGGCAUCAGGACCCCCAAGGCCGUGCCAGUGCCGCAGGUGCCACAAGGAGAGCAGGGCAGAGGAGGCGAAUUCAACCUGGGCGAGGUGAAGGCCAUCGUGCACGCUGAACAGAUGGGAGGACCCAGCCGCAAGUCUCCCGGACGUAAGGACAUGGACUCUAUCUACGCCGUGGCCACGGUUCCCCGUAAGGCAUCCAAAAAGGAGAACAUCUACGAGAACGUUCCCAUGCUGGCUGAGCUGGCCGGGGCUCGCUCCUUACGCGAUGAUCCUCACUACCGGCCGGUUUUCAAGAAACAAAACUCGCUGGAUGCUCUUCCCUCGGACGGCGGGCGGGGCAGAGAGGCCAAGAAGAGUAACGGCGGGGGGAGUCACGGGGGCUCCCGGCACGGCACCCUCAGGAAGGCAGACAGCUUCGAAGGCCACGAGGAGGCAGUCAAGACGCUGGUGGCCGCCGUGCAGGAGACCAGAAUAUUGAGGCGCAAAAAGACUAAAUGAUCGUCUGUUUUAGACUUAGUUUCAAAGGAGUCGUCUUUUUACACAUAUUUUCAUGCUUGUCGUUGCCUGCAUCCGAGAAAAUUUUCAUUUUCAAGUUGAUUAAGUGCUGAAUAGAUACAAGUGGAGAUUCCCGUUAAGCGGUAAGGAAGACAACGUAAUGGUUAACGUAUUCGAACGACAAAUAUUGACGAAAUACACGACACGUCUGGUUUUACCAAAGAGUUUGUGCUGAAUCUUUGAGUGCUGAGUGUUGCGGCGAGAUAGAGUGCUGAGGCAGUGCUGCUCGGUGGUCAUUGUAACACUGCUGAGUCUGUGUCCAAACAAUAUGUGGUGUAACUCAGUCGGUUAGUCAAUCAAUUAAUUGCCGUGACGUCAUCGUUCCAGCGUUCAAAGAUAUCUUGCGGCUGCCCUGAUGACGCUCACCGGCCCCCACCACAGCCGCCGCCCCCAGCGCCGCUCCGGCCUCACCCUCGCCCAGCCCAAGCUCAUCCAAGCGGUCACUAAAGAUUAUUCCUGACGGCGCACCUUUGUAUAUGCUGCAGGCAUAAUUAUGUUAAGGCUCUCAAGGCUCCGGGCCCGACGCGCCUCAGGUUCACUCGGCUCAAGACCUGAAGGCAACAUUUCCGGGCACCACCGGGCUCAGUGAGGACCGCCAGCGAGGGUAAUAAUACUGUGUGUGUUAAGGUAGUAUUUUGUACACGAGGUCCUGCAGUUGUGGCGGAGCCUGUUGCCGGACUCAGCAGUCCCCGGCCAGGCAUCGCACACUGGCAGGCCGCCCCGGCUUCCUCUGUAGCUGCUCACGAUGAUAGGCACCGCGAGGCUUGCGGCGCGCCAUCCAGACUCAUCCAGAGCCCAGGGUGUCGUCCACGCCAGCCCCGCCCCUUCCCCCCGACAGGAGGGAGUGGACAAGGGGGGCCAGGAGCGGGUACGGGAGACACACGGGGUGGGGAGGGUCACUACAGAGAAGGUGAACUUGUUGGCAUCGCUCAGUACAAUUGGAAGAAAACCCAUUCCAGUCACGGCACUGAAUAUGCAUCAGGAUACAAUUGAAAGGGAUGGACAGGGUGACCAGUGCUGGGAUCACGCCAACAGUCUCCCCAGCGAAGCUCACCCCAUCCUGUCCCGCCUUGCCCCGCCCCGUCCCGGUUCCGCCCCGUCCCCGCCACAACCCGCCACAACCCGCCCCAGAACCGCCCCGAGGCGCUGAAACAAAUCAAAACUUUCCACCACGAGGGCGCCACACCGUCGCAGUAGGUCAGGUCAGGUCAGGAGCGGUCAGGUUACCUCCCACGCAUGAUGCAAUCUAAUCAAAAAGUCAUAAUGGAUAAUCAACCGCACAGAUUUAGCUUUUGUAUCUGUAUAACUUUGCUUUUGUUGCUAUAGUAACUUUGAAUUCUCCUUAUAUCCAUCCGAUAAGCGUGCACUCUCUCUCUCUCUCUCUCUCUCUCUCUCUCUCUCUCUCUCUCUUAUAACACAAAUAAUUUUAAAUAUCUUUUUUCCUUCCGUUUUCUUCUCGUCGUCUUCCUUCGCCUGUCCUUCGCCGUCGCCGCCGCAGACUCGCCCUUCAGAACGCACACCUCCCGCCCCGCCUCGCCUCGCCUCCCUCUCGUCUUGCGUUGGCCCCUCACCACACUAGACCAAUACGUUACACUAUAGUUUUCUUUUUCAUACUAUUUGUCGUACUAGGAAGUUAUUAUGGUCGAUUUGCUGGGUCGGUCAGGCAUUCAUCCCAUUAACCCAAGAAGAGGAGCAGAAGGCAAACAUUUUGGGGGAAUGGUUUAUAAUUAUUAGCCGUACGUAGUGAAAAGAACUAAGCUUGUUUUUCUCCCAUUGACAACCCACUUGUAGGUCUCUCCCACUAGCUACCUAGCGCCUUACCCUACGACUUUUAGGAUUAAAUGUAUUAUACUUCGUUCUUGUAAUAAAAAGAGAAGAAUCAUGCAUAAUUCCACAUAAUGUUGGGGGCUAAGUCCUCCAAAAGGAAGAGCGAGAAGCAAGAGUGUGAGGGAUGCUUAUAAUCAGAGGGAGAAUGUAUCGACGCUGUUGUUUGUAUCUUUCCUUUAGGCAAAUUAUGUGCAUCACUUAAAAUCACUUAGACACAGGGGCGUGGAUCUUAACAUGGGCAAAUAAACUGCAUCGUUUAGACACUGAAACGAAGGAAGAUAUACGAAAGAACUCUCUCCAUAACUAUUUUUUUCCCCUUUGAGCAAAUUAUCUGUAUCGGUUAGACUCAGCUACGAAGGGAGACAAAGAGGAGCAGUACCCGAGAAAUAUUCGUAACUAAACGAUAUGCGUAUAACGAUGCCGGAGAGAUAGAAACAAACACGCCUGACGUUCUCGUGCGACUGAAAAAUAAACUUGCGAGCGAAUGAUUCCAGUGUGUGUUGUAAGGAAGUUAGUGUGCGCAUGGAGGAACCGAAGCUGUAUAUUUAACUGAAGGCUUGAAUAACGCACAAUUAAGACCCAGGAAGCAAGGAGCGAGAAUUAUAUUAUGGCCUCAUACUUCAUGGCAAGCGGAAAUGUUUAUUUUUGUGAAGUCAGGGACAAAAAUAGGACGGAAUAUUAGGAGUGUAUGAAUAGUUGGGGUUGCCCAUGUGUGUGUGUGUGUGUGUGUGUGUGUGUGUGUGUGUGUGUGUGUGUGUGUGUGUGUGUGUGUGUGUGCGUGUAUGAGUGUGUAUGUGUGUCUCUGUGUCUGUGUGUGUGUGACCUCCCCCCUCGAUUUCCAUGCACACUCUUCGCCUCUCUGUCGCUCGCCAGCAUCUCCCGUGGCGCCUUAACGUACUCACCCCGGCAGCUGACAGUCUAUAUGCCACAAGGAGGUGCUGUCGGACGCACCAACCUCUCACCCGCAGUUGUGAAUAAUAUGUAUCACAACAACAACAACAGCAACAACAAUAAUAACAUCAAAAAAGCAGAAAAAAAAUGGAUAAAAAUAGGUACUUUGUUGGUUGAAGCUCAAGCAGAUAACUCUACUGUACUCUUUUGUUGAUUUCUUUUAUAUAUAAGACAUUCAUGAAGUCCUUGUUGACGCCUUUGUUGUGCACUCGCCGCCUUGGAUAAGUUGGUGACCCCAGCAGCGGUGCAGUGUGUGGCCCUUCCCGACACCCGCCUGACGCAGCCCUCCUCCCGUCCCUUUCUCUCACCACUGUUCAAAUACGUUAAGCUCCGUUCGUAUACGGAAGUAUUUGACGAUGUUACGUUUGUUUGACUUGACUUAUCUAAUUCUUGUUACGCUCCGUUCGUUUACGGAGGUCAUUUAACCUUUUCGGUGUUUUUUGUGAUUUUUUUUUUUAACUCUUUUUGUCUCUUUCUCUUUGUAACGAAUCAUUAACGCCCCAUUUUCUCUCAUUGAAGAUGUCAGCGCAAUCCUACCUCGUCUUCCUGUCUCUCCUCUAUCCUCUUUUGAUGUUUUCCUUCUUCACUCCCUCCAAACUCAGUGAUAUCCUUGCCUCGCCUCCCGCCCUCCCUCCAUCCUUCCUUCCUCGCCAAUUCUUCACGAUCAAGUUGGUUAGGAAUAAUAAAAACAUUCCCUUAUUUAUUUCGUUCGUUCCUGCGUUUGUAGGUUUGUUCUAACUUCUGUAAAACGCUUUCGAAUUUUUGACAAGGUGUUUGGUUUUAUUUAAGUGUUACAUUUUCGAAGAUUUAUUAUUAUCUACUUUCUAGUCAGUCCUGUUGCUCUACCUCCAUCUCCCUCCCAGCUCUCGCAACCCACACUGUAAAUCUCUGUAAAUGAUAAAUGACAGACGAUAAAAAAAAAACAAAGGAAGAACCAAUAAAAGAGAAUGAUACUUUUGAGAA